AUGAAUAGAUCAAAAUGUUCAGCGGACUUUGCACGACGCUCACAAACAGCGAUCUCGUCAAGUUUCCGGGAAUCUCUGAGAAGUGUCACAGUUCUGGUCUACACAAUAUGUGCAGCAAUUCCGAGAUUUUCAGGUCUAGCAAUGCUGUGCCUUGUUUCAAUAGCGUUCUUCAUGACGCCGAAUCCAAUUGCAUGUUUCACUAGGAGAGUUCUGUUCCCGGUUGCAAUCGCUGCUGUGUUCGCACCGAUAACUGUUAAG